CUGUUCUAGGGAGGGUACCCCCGUUCCAAUAGUAUCGCCCAUAGCCAACACAAUACACCUGGAUCGCCCCUGAGCGCAGUUACGAACUCAGCCUUCUAUGAUACAUCCCUUUGUGUUUGUACCGAUCCGUCUCCAGAUGGUGCGAUCGCUAAGCAGACGCGGCCGCUUCCAUUAGACUUUAGUCGUGAGCACAAAACGUCUCAGUUGCGACAGGGACCGGCUACAGGCAAACGGGACGGGGCGAUUCCCAGCGCUUUGCGGCCAAACAGCGGGCAGUGCCGGGGGGGUCCCGGCGGCUCAAUGAGAGCGAUAGGGGGAGAAGUUGGCAGCCCCGGCCGGGAGUCAUGAUGAAGCAGUUGGAAGCAGCAAGUCGGAUAUCUCCUUAAUCUCCCCGGCACCCUCCCCGGCACCCACCCGGCACCCACAUGUGGGAAUCGCGUCUCUUCCCCUGGAAGUUUAUAUUCCGGCAGCGAUUUCCCACAUACCUGUAGCAGCGACUAACGGCUGAUCCAUCCCCAGCCCAGGGGCCCCGGACGCCGCUGAAACGCUCUGCGCUAACGAUUUCCAGCCGGUAGUCGCCUCCCCGGGAUUUGCCUUUUUUGCUUUCUGAUUCUUUAUGGUUUUGCAUUGACUCCGGUCGAAGGGAUCGCUAUGGAUUGUCUGUGCAUCGUUACGACCAAGAAAUAUCGCUAUCAGGAUGAAGACACCCCUCCCCAUGAUCACUCGUUACCUCGACUAACUCACGAUCUGAAAGGCCCCGAACUCGUCCACGUGUCCGAAAAGAACCUGUCCCAAAUAGAAAAUGUCCAUGGCUACGUGAUGCAAUCGCAUAUAUCCCCGCUAAAGGCCAGUCCUGCUCCCAUCAUUGUAAACACGGACACUUUGGAUACAAUCCCCUAUGUAAGCUACACACCGUUUCAUGAGAACGCAAUCAAUGGAACCGAAAUUGAAUACGAGUUUGAAGAAAUUACUCUGGAGCGGGGGAAUUCCGGCUUGGGAUUUAGCAUUGCCGGAGGUAUCGACAACCCUCAUGUAGGAGACGACCCUGGAAUAUUUAUUACAAAGAUAAUACCAGGGGGAGCAGCAGCGGAAGAUGGCAGACUCAGGGUAAAUGACUGUAUUCUGCGAGUGAAUGAAGUGGAUGUUUCUGAAGUUUCGCACAGCCGGGCAGUGGAAGCUCUCAAGGAAGCCGGUUCCAUCGUCCGACUCUACGUGCGGCGAAGGAGGCCCAUCUUGGAGACGGUCGUAGAAAUCAAACUCUUCAAAGGGCCAAAAGGUUUGGGCUUCAGCAUUGCGGGGGGUGUCGGAAAUCAGCACAUUCCUGGGGACAACAGUAUCUAUGUAACCAAAAUUAUCGAUGGUGGAGCAGCACAAAAAGAUGGCCGACUGCAAGUUGGAGACCGGCUACUGAUGGUCAACAAUUACAGCUUGGAAGAAGUCACACAUGAAGAAGCAGUGGCCAUUCUGAAGAACACGUCGGAUGUUGUUUAUUUGAAAGUGGGAAAACCAACUACAAUAUACAUGACCGACCCGUAUGGACCCCCAGAUAUUACCCACUCAUACUCGCCGCCGUUGGAAAGUCACAUCCUGAGUUCGGCCAAUAACGGGACUUUGGAAUACAAGAGCCCUCUAGCGCCUAUUUCUCCGGGAAGGUAUUCCCCGAUCCCAAAGCACAUGCUUGUGGAGGAUGACUACACCAGGUCCCCAGAACCCGUUUACAGCACUGUGAAUAAACUGGCGGAGAAGCCUUCUACCCCACGACAUUUCUCCCCUGUAGAGUGUGAUAAAAGCUUCCUCCUCACCUCUCCGUAUCCUACUUUUCAUGGAGGGCUGAUGUCCGAGUUAGAGAUUUCCAGGGAACCCCGCAAAGUGAUUCUGCACAAAGGCUCCACUGGGCUGGGGUUCAACAUUGUCGGAGGGGAAGACGGAGAGGGGAUCUUUAUCUCCUUCAUCCUGGCGGGGGGCCCAGCGGAUCUGAGUGGGGAGCUGCAAAGGGGAGACCAAAUCAUAUCGGUGAAUGGCAUCGACCUUCGUGGGGCAUCCCAUGAACAGGCCGCGGCUGCGCUGAAAGGGGCGGGUCUAACAGUAACAAUUGUAGCCCAGUAUCAGCCAGAAGAAUACGCUCGAUUUGAGGCCAAAAUCCAUGAUCUACGUGAGCAGAUGAUGAACCACAGUAUGAGUUCUGGGUCUGGCUCCCUGAGAACCAACCAAAAGCGUUCCCUCUAUGUAAGAGCCAUGUUUGACUAUGAAAAGAGCAAGGAUAGUGGCCUCCCCAGCCAAGGGCUCAGCUUCAGAUACGGGGAUAUUCUACACGUGAUCAAUGCUUCUGAUGAUGAGUGGUGGCAAGCCAGAAGGGUCACUCAGGAUGGAGACAGCGAGGAGAUGGGGGUUAUACCCAGCAAAAGGAGGGUGGAGAGAAAGGAGAGAGCUCGUUUAAAGACUGUAAAAUUUAAUGCCAAGCCUGGGGUUAUCGAUUCCAGAGGGUCAUUCAAUGACAAGCGUAAAAAGAGCUUCAUCUUUUCACGAAAGUUCCCUUUCUUCAAGAACAAGGAUCAGACCGAGCAAGAGACCAGUGAUCCAGAACGGGGGCAGGAAGACUGCAUUCUCUCCUACGAACCCGUCACGAGGCAAGAAAUUAAUUAUACCCGGCCUGUAAUUAUUCUGGGCCCCAUGAAAGACCGGGUCAAUGAUGACCUGAUAUCUGAAUUUCCUGACAAGUUUGGCUCCUGCGUGCCACACACCACAAGACCAAAGAGAGACUACGAAAUGGACGGCAGAGAUUACCACUUUGUCGCCUCAAGAGAACAAAUGGAAAAGGACAUCCAAGAGCACAAAUUCAUAGAAGCCGGGCAAUACAACGAUAACUUAUAUGGGACUAGUGUACAGUCGGUAAAGUUUGUUGCAGAAAGGGGCAAGCACUGCAUUCUAGAUGUAUCAGGAAACGCUAUCAAGCGACUACAAGUAGCACAACUCUACCCAAUAGCUAUUUUCCUUAAACCCAAGUCUGUAGAGUCACUAAUGGAAAUCAGUAAACGACUAACAGAGGAACAAGCUAAGAAAACAUUUGACCGAGCACUUAAAUUAGAGCAAGAAUUUGGGGAGUUUUUUACAGCUAUUGUUCAAGGCGACACUUUGGAGGAUAUUUAUAACUCAUGCAAGCAGGUUAUCGAGGAGCAAUCAGGGCCUUUUAUCUGGGUUCCAUCAAAGGAGAAAUUAUAACUUUGCCAGUAACCGUGAAUGGGAAAGGAAGACUCAGAGAAUUCUCUAGAAUAUUAUUUUGACCUUUUUUUUUUUAAGUUUUGUAGUAUUUAUGUUCUUGCGGUCUUUGAAUUUCCAAUGAAUGUACAACAACAACAAAAAAUAUUGGCCGGACUGUGGGACUGUUAAAUUCUGAUCAUAAUGGUGGAUGACCGUUGUACUGUCACGGAGAGUCAUUUGGAGACCAUUCUGGGAUUCUUUCAAGAGAAGAACUUAGUAAAUUCCAACUUUUUGUUCCCUCCAGGAUCCCAACAUCCCCUACGGACAUUGGAUCAUCCCAAUUCUAUGGACCCCUAGUCCAAUUGUGCUUGUUCCGUUUGUUGAUUGCUCUAAUAUCCCAUCCCAGACUUGCUUUGCUUCUCCUCGCACACAGAGUACGACAAUAGGGGGCUGAUUUACUUACCCACGAACGGGUCGAAAUGAGUCCGAUUGCGUUUUUUUCGUAAUGAUCGGUAU